AUGGAUGUUAAAACGGUUAACGGAGGAUAUACCUUCACCCUACCAGGCAUUUUGAAACUGGUCACAGCCCUUCUGGCCUUCGUCAACAUGAUUAUCAUUGCGGCGGCCCUAAAUACUGAAUAUGCGGAAUAUGGAUACCUGCUCUUUGUCUCCAUUUUCGUUUGGCAAAUGUGUCUGCUCCUGUAUGCCCGGCACGUAUAUGACAUCAACGGAAAGAACAUGGACAUCUUUGAAGCAGUUGCGUUGAGUUUUUGCAUCGUUUUCGGAGCCAUCGCCUUCAUUAUGUCAGCCGUGUAUGCCUCACCCGGAGGAAGAGGAUCUAACAAAAAGGCUCUGAUCGCCAUAACCGUACGUUCCGCCUUUUACUGGCCGUAUAAAGUCUCAGUAUCAACUAGAUAUCUUCGCCGUAUAUAA